UCAGCUGAUCUGUUCAUUGACUCAGACUGACUGACCGAUCUUUUUCAAGUCAUUGUCCCUCUGAUUUCUCCUCGGGUUGAUCAUCGGUCCUUCAGCUCCCACUUCCAUUCCACGCCCCGUGAACCCGGUGUAGAGAUCCAUCCUCAAUAUGAGCGCCGAAUCCGCCGAGUCCACCUCAUCGGUGCCCUUGCCUGAACCCCAGCCCGAUUGCGGCGUCAAAGGCAUGAUGGACCUGGGUGUUCACUUGGAAAAGCCGGGUUGCGAGUGUUUGAACGAGUCCGACGAUCACCCUUGGGCUCAUGCCAUGACCCCCGGGGGUGGCUAUCUGGAAUCGGAUUGCGAUGAGCAAAUCAUCCUUUGUCUGGCUUACAAUCAGAAGGUCAAGCUUCAUUCCUUGAAGGUCAAGGCGCCCGCAAACAAGGGACCCAAAACGAUCCGAAUCUUUGCCAAUCUGCCUAACACGCUCGACUUUGACAAGGCCGAAUCGAUGGUGGCAACGCAAGACUUGACUUUAUCACCAGAGCAACUGGAUGGCCGACCGAUUCCACUCAAGUUUGUGAAGUAUCAGAAUGUUCAGAGCGUCCAGUUCUUCUUCCAAGACAAUCAGGCCGGAGAAGAGACCACGCAAAUCGAUUAUUUCGCCGUGAUUGGCACCCCACUCUCCACCACGGAUAUGAGUGAAUUCAAGCGCGUCACGGGCAAAAAAGGCGAGGGACACUGACCUAUGUAUUAUUAUCCUCCCAACAUAUUUUGCAUCCAUAUAAACCUCUUUUAGAGUCAAACGCG